AUGGCAAACCUUGCGGACAACGGGACGACCGCUAGAGACUUCCAGAUCUUGGCGUUCUUCAGUGAGCACGGAAAGCAGCCUCUCCUUUUUUCUGUAUUUCUAUUGAUCUAUUUAACAGGAUUGCUGGGAAAUCUCAUUAUAAUAACUGUAACCUGCGCAGACAUCCACUUACAUACCCCGAUGUAUUUUUUCCUGUGCAAUCUUUCCUUCGUAGACAUCAGUUACACCACCGUCACCGUGCCGAAAUUGAUGGACAUGCUACUUACCGGCGAUAACUCAAUAUCCUUUAUACAGUGUUUCGCCCAGAUGUUCUUUUUCACCUUCGUAGGCAGCAUCGAAGUCCUCUUAUUAUCCUCCAUGGCCUACGAUCGUUACAUCGCUAUAUGUAACCCUUUAAAGUACCACCUCAUCAUGAAUAGAAGAAACUGUGUCCUGCUAUCCGUUGCCAUUUGGAUUCCCGGUUGUAUCAAUUCUGCUCUCGUCACGUUGUUUGCUUCCACUUUGCCUCUGUGCUACUCUAAUAAAAUUCAACAAUUUUUCUGCAACGUCAAAGCCCUGGCGCAGAUCUCCUGCCCCGAUGCCAGAUUUGAUGCCCUUAUUUACGUAGAGGUAAUCGUUCUUGGGCUCUGCCCUCUCUUGCUUAGCAUGAGCUCGUAUAUGAAGAUAAUAAAAGUUGUUUUACGCAUGUCGGCCAGCGGUAGAAGAAAGACCUUCUCCACCUGUGCGUCCCACCUGAUAGUCCUUCUGAUGUUCUACGGGACUAUUCUCUUCAUGUACAUGAAACCCACCUCCCGGUAUUCCGGUGAACUGGACCAAACGUUCUCAGUGAUGUAUGCAGCUAUUGCUCCCAUGCUGAACCCUCUAAUAUAUAGUUUGAGGAACAAAGAAGUGAAGAAUGCGCUUAUCCGGAUCACAAGAUAUAAAAAUGAUUCAGUAUGA